CGCUGGCCCGUGCUUCCCCCCAGCCUGAUGAACGAGGUGGUGCACACGUCGCCCACCAUCGGCAGCAACGUGGAGGAGAUCAUCCUGCGGAAGACCCACUUCCUGAUGUGGGAUAUCGGGGGGCAGGAGACGCUGCGGUCCACGUGGAACACCUACUACUCCAACACAGAGUUUGUCAUCCUGGUGAUUGACAGCACGGACCGCGAGCGGCUGACGGUGACGAAGGAGGAGCUGUACAAGAUGCUGGCGCAUGAGGACCUGCAGAAUGCGGCGGUCUUGAUAUUUGCCAACAAGCAGGAUGUGAAGAACUCCAUGACUACCUCAGAGAUCUCCAAGUUCCUAACCCUCAGCUCCAUCAAGGACCAUCCGUGGCACAUCCAGGGCUGCUGUGCCCUCACGGGAGAGGGCCUGCCAGCUGGCUUGGAGUGGAUGAAGUCUCGCGUGGCGGCCAACUGACACAUCUGGCCAGCGGUAUGACGGCACCGUGCAGCGCUCGCAAGCAUCGUACUUAUUUCUUUAGACGCGCGCGUCUCAGCCUGGACUUCCCUGCUGAAGCUGGGAUUGUCUCCGGACCGUGUAUUUUCGAGCCCGGAUCAGCGUGGGAGCGGAUCCCUUCUGGAUAGCAAGUCUGGAGGGAAUCUGGGCGGAUCGCCUCUGCCCGGGGGUCUCCGUUCUAGAUCACGUCUCUGCCGGGAAUCGGUUCUGCGCCGUCUUUCUUCCUGAUCACGUCUGCAGAGGGGGACUGGAGCGGGGGAAUCGCUCUGCUCCUGGCUCACACGUAAGCAAAGGCCGGAAGACUGGAGCUGGGCCUGAGGAUUUUACGCACAAGCCGCCCCAGCGCCGCUUCCCGCCGAUUUGCCAAUAAGCUACGCCAGGAGGAGUCUCGCUCAGCACUCGAGGCCUUCGGUCUCCCGAUGGGGGCUGGAGAUAAACGUGGCGAGAGGACCGGGGUGACCUGCACCCCUUGGCGCUGCAUGGGCCCGUCUCCAAAUUCAAGUGGUGCUUGGGGCGGGGAGCCAAAAGUUUCAGGGCACCGAUGGUCCCCUGAGUUCGCUCUCCGUGCGUCCCCGGGUCACCGUGCAGCGUGUCUGACGGCGCCCGCUGGCUGGCUCCUCCCGUUUGGUGCUUCCCUUUGGUCUGUCUGACCGGGACCUUGGACAUCUUGUAUUUUAGGAUUUUAACACAAACAGGAAAGGGCCGUCUCCCCUGCUCGGGUUUGGAGCAUUUCUCUCCUCUGCCAUGGCCCUGGUGCAAUAUCACAGUUCUGGGUUCAGGCCCCUCCUCCAGCACCGGGAUUCGGAGGGGUGGGGGGAAUGCGCAAGGAUGGGGAAAAGCUGCCCCGGUCACAUCCAGGGGAGCAAACUCCCCCCUUCACCAGGUUUCCGUCUGGUUUCUUCCACCAGGGCCUGGUGGGACCUGGCAUCAGGAUCAAAUCUAGACUCUGGAUCCGGACUCGGGUGUUUGGUUCCAUUUCUGCUGACACUCUGGAGCCGAUGGUCGGGGAGAUGUCUUGUCCCCCCUCCUCCCCGGAUUCUGCUCUUGCACACUUAUGGGGAAUGACUUAACUCUUCCGUGCCUCAGUUUCCCCCAUUGGCAAGUGCCUGCCUUUGUCAUGUGGCCUGGAAUCCCUGGAUAUGAAGGAUGCCGGAUAAGCACAAAGGAUGGGGGGGAGUCGGGGGCUCUGCUAUUCUCCAGUGCAGUGCUCUAUCCUGGGGUGACACUCAAACUGACCCCCACACCCCCAGGAAAGGUGCCCGAGGAAUCCGAUGGACUCUGGAUCAGCCCCUUAACAAGUUGUCGUCCGUCCGUUAAGUGCUUUAAACUCAUUAAGCUUGUCCCAUGGAUUUGCAUUUGCACAGACCCCCUGCUGGGCCCAGAGGAGCAGGACUGCGUGUCUUAGCUUCCUGCCUUGAGCUCAGAUGGGGGUAUUUUUUACGAUUUCCGGGAUGAUCCAUUUGACUCUCCGGUUCUGUAUUUUUAAUAAAACUUGUGUCUUGUAUUUUAUACCUGAUUAAAGGCUCCACUAUUUAAU